ACUACAGUCUGUGGGCUCCUUUUCCUGCUGGUACCUCUGUGCACCACACGCUCAGCGCACCUCCAGGCUGUCCUGGAGGACAACAGUGGGAGUGGAGACAAUCCAGGUGCUGCCUCCAUCUUCCCUUCCAUCAGUGUGAAUUUGGGGGUGAGUCCUACAUCCGAGACUGUUGCUGUCAACGGCACCUCAACAUCAAUCAGCAUCUUGGACAGGGUUGUGAAUAUCUUCAAAGAGUACAUGCUGCUAAUCAUUGUGGUAGGGUCCCUAGUUUUUCUGCUGUUCUUCAUUCUAUGUGCAGCCGUCAUUGUCAGGCAGACACACAAGGCCUCAGCCUAUUACCCAUCAUCUUUUCCUAAGAAGAAGUACGUGGACCAGAAUGACAGGUCAGGGGGUGCCAAAGCUUUCAACGAAGUUCCUGAAAAGGCUCCUGAGACCCACCCAGAGGAACCCGUGGAUUCAUCCAAACAGCUACAAGCAGACAUUUUAGCUGCUGCUCAGAACUUGAAAUCCCCAGCUAAGAUCUCUAUGGCAAAUGGGGAUGGGAGCAAAGUCGAGGAAAAGGCCCCCAAAGAACAGGAGGAAGGGGAUGAAGAGGAGCAAGGCAAACACACAGCUGAGUGCAUUCCUAAAGAACAGGAGAAAGCUGACCCAGCAAAAGAGAUGCCGGCUCCAAGUUGCGCUGUGGAAAUGGAGGUCAAAGGAGAAGAACUUGCCUCCACUGAGGAAGUUCAGCUUGUGCAGCAAGUGAAUGCAUCAUCGCCAGAGGAGCCCAAAGAAUGCCCUGGGGCUGAUGAUCCUGCUGUGCAAGCCACUGAAGGGGAGAAACAAGAUGUGUCUGUUCCAGUGGGUCCUGAUACCAGUGCUGCAGGUGUCUAACAUAGGAACUCGGGCGCUGGAAAAACAAACCUGCGUUCCUGAACAAUCACCAUUCAUCAGCUGACUGCGUCAUUGAUUUAGAAACUGAUUCAACAUGCAAUGGGCUAUUUUUAUAUUCAGUGGGCACAAUAGAUACCUCUGUCAUUGUACCAGGCAUGGUGCCCAACUCUAAUAUCAAAACUUAUUCAAUUUAGUACACUAUUUUGCAUUAGCAGACCAUUCAGUUACUGUGUAAUUGCUUAGUGGCUCUCACUUACAGUCAAUCCAUAUAUAGUGGUUAGGGAUGGAUACGGUCAGAGUCCAUGACCUAACUUUCAGGAUCUGGAAUGAAAUUUUGGGGCAUAAGCCUGUCUUGAAUUGUGGCCUUUAAUUAUAUAGAGUAGGACCAGUCAUUUAUAUGGCACCACUUCUGCGGGUUCAUACCUAGGUAUCUAGGGGAAAUCAAUGAACGUUUUGCCUGAAUUAAAAACUGUGUGAGCAUCUAAGGAUUUGAACUCUACUUGGUGGGAAAUCUAGGGCCUUUAUUCAUUAUUAGGGUCAACAUAUAGUGACAGAAGAAUUUCCAGGCAAGUCUUUGUUCUCUGUAAUAUAAGCUGUUGCUGGGCUUUCUUGCAAAUGUUAUUUUUCUGAUUCAUUUUUAUACUAUUUGAUGGAGGACUUUUGGUAUAAAAGAAAUUCUGUAUGUGGAGUGAGCGACUCUAGAUGGGCUUUUGGACCUCACCCUCUCAAAUGGUCUGAAGGGGGGGCAGGGAAGGGUGCUUUAUAUAAUGGGCAGCUGGACCAUGUAAUUCCAUCUAGUGCGAAGAAUCUUGCUUUUAAAUAUAACCUCAGACUUUUUGUCUGGCAUUGUAUUACUGAUAUUUAUGACCUUCUGUGAUUUUUUCCCCCAAAUAUCCUGAUCUUCAAAGGACUAUAAGAAAGAACAUGUAUCUCUUUGUAGCUUUCCACAACUGAUAGAGUUUUACAGUUGUUUUCUUUGGCCUCCAUACUUUGUUUCAGUGUAUAAUAAUAAUUAUUGAUUUAAAAAGAGUAAGCUUCUUUAUAUCCACUGAUUAACUGUUCCUUACAGAGGUUACUAUGACCCACAAACAUAUAUUUUACUCAGGGUUUCCAUUAAAAAAUUACAACCAUAACAACUUGACUAAAGAUACUAGGGAAUGGACAGGGAGGAGAAAGAGAAAUCUAAUAAGUUACCUGUUAAAUUUUAUGCCAACAUUCCACUGAUUUCUUAAAGAAAAUUCCUGUUUGCAAUUAUUUCAGGAUGUUUUUCUUACCUCCCUUUUCCACCCAAAUUAUUAAUAAAAAUUGUUUCUAUGCA